GCCGCUUUGUUUUCAUUGUCGCCCUUGUGACCAUGGCUGCUCAUUCUACUGAAGAACCGUUCCCCUUCCACGGGCUGCUCCCCAAAAAAGAAACCGGCGCUGCGUCAUAUCUUAUCAGGUUCCCCGAGUACGAUGGACGGGGAGUGCUCAUCGCCAUUCUCGACACCGGCGUGGACCCCGGGGCCCCCGGCAUGCAGGUCACAACUGAGGGGAAGCCAAAGAUUGUUGACAUCAUCGACACGACAGGCAGCGGUGACGUGAACAUGACCACGGUGGCAGAGCCGAAAGAUGGGACCAUCGCUGGCCUCUCUGGUAGAACACUUAAGAUCCCUCCUACCUGGGUCAAUCCGUCAGGGAAGUAUCGCAUUGGACUUAAAAAUGGCUAUGAGUUCUUCCCUAAGGCCCUCAAAGAAAGAAUACAGAAAGAGCGAAAGGAGAAGACGUGGGACCCACCACACCGCGUAGCCCUAGCUGAGGUCUCUCGUAGGACGGAAGAGUUUGACCUCUCUCACCCAUCACCCUCACAGAUGGAGAAAUUGCAGAAGGAAGAGCUGCAGAGCCAGUCAGAGUUGCUGGCAUCAUUAGAAAAGAAGUACAAUGAUCCUGGUCCUGUAUAUGACUGUGUGCUUUGGCAUGAUGGCGUCACAUGGAAGGCUGUAGUUGACACUUUUGAGAAUGGAGAGCUGUCCCAGAGCACUGUGCUUUGCUCCUACAGAGAGACGCAAGAGUAUGCCACAUUAGGAAAUGCUGAGAUGCUUAACUACUCGGUUAAUAUUUACGAUGAGGGAAACACACUCUGUAUCGUCACCAGUGGAGGGGCUCAUGGGACACAUGUCGCAAGCAUUGCAGCCGGUUACUUCCCAGAGGAGCCUGAGCGAAACGGUGUGGCUCCCGGUGCCCAAAUCCUGGCUCUGAAGAUUGGAGACACCCGGCUCAGCACCAUGGAAACUGGCACAGGACUCAUCCGUGCGAUGAUUGAAGUCAUCAACUACAAGUGUGACCUGGUGAACUAUAGCUACGGGGAAGCCACCCACUGGCCCAACACCGGGAGGAUUUGUGAGGUGAUCACAGAGGCUGUGCAGAAGCACAAUGUAAUAUUCGUUUCAAGUGCAGGAAACAAUGGCCCGUGCCUCUCCACUGUCGGCUGUCCGGGGGGAACCACCAGCACUGUCAUAGGAGUUGGCGCAUAUGUGACUCCAGACAUGAUGGUGGCAGAGUAUUCACUGAGGGAGAAGCUGCCUGCCAAUCAAUACACCUGGUCAUCUAGGGGCCCCAGCACAGACGGGGCCCUGGGUGUCAGCAUCAGUGCGCCUGGUGGGGCCAUUGCCUCUGUACCCAACUGGACUCUUCGUGGUACCCAGCUGAUGAACGGCACAUCGAUGUCAUCGCCUAAUGCCUGUGGUGGCAUCGCGCUAAUCCUCUCAGGACUGAAGCAGAGCGGGAUCCAUGCCUCUGUUCCUGCGGUGAGGAGGGCGCUGGAGCACACAGCUCUGAAGGUGGAUGACAUCGAAGUGUUUGCACAGGGUCAUGGAAUAAUCCAGGUGGACAAGGCAUUAGACUACCUCACUCAACACGCCACUUUGCCAACAAGCAACCUUGGCUUCACAGUCAGUGUGGGAUCACAGAGAGGCAUCUACCUCAGGGACCCAACCCAUAUUCUUGCCCCCUCAGAUCACGGAGUAGGAAUUGAACCCAUCUUUCCGGAGAACACGGGAAACUCGGAGCGAAUCUCCUUGCAGCUCCACUUGGCGCUCACAUGUGCCGCCCCGUGGGUCCAGUGCCCCUCCCAUCUAGAGCUGAUGAACCAGUGCCGUCACGUGAAUGUCCGCAUCGAUCCUGUGGGACUGAGAGAGGGAGUGCACUACACAGAGGUCUGUGGGUAUGACACAUCAGCACCUAGCUGUGGCCCCCUAUUCAGGGUCCCAAUCACCGUCAUCAUCCCCGCCAAAGUGACAGAUAGUCGUAAUCAGGAGGUGUGUUGCCCAGAUGUCCACUUCAGACCAGGCCAGCUCAAACGCCACUUCAUCACUGUUCCUCAGGGAGCCUCCUGGGCAGAGAUCACACUGACCUCUCAUUCGGGUGACGUGUCAUCAAAGUUUGUUCUCCACGCGGUGCACCUGGUCAAACAGAGAGCGUACAGAGCCAAUGAAUUCUACAAGUUUUCCUCACUGUUGGAAAGAGGCUCACUAACCGAGGUUUUCCCAGUGCUGGCAGGAAAGAUAGUCGAGUUUUGCAUUGCACGCUGGUGGGCAAGCCUGGGUGACGUCACAGUGGACUACAGCAUCUCGUUCCAUGGACUCAACACUUCCCCUUCACCCCUACACAUACAUGCCUCAGAGGGAGUGACGAGUUUUGAUGUGACGUCGCCUCUGAGGUACGAGGAGGUGUCCCCCACGAUCACCCUCAAGUCCUGGGUUCAGCCUCUCAGGCCCUUAAAUUCAAAGAUAAAAGCUCUGGGAUUGAGGGACGUUCUGCCUAACAACAGACAACUCUACGAGAUUGUCCUCUCCUACAGCUUUCACCAGCCUAAGAGUGGAGAGGUCACCCCCAGCUGUCCCAUGCUGUGUGAGCUGCUGUACGAGUCUGAGUUUGACAGUCAGCUCUGGAUGCUGUUUGAUCAGAACAAGAGACUAUUGGGGUCAGGGGACGCUUAUCCACACCAGUAUUCUCUGAAGCUGGAAAAGGGGGACUACUCUGUGCGUCUCCAGGUCCGCCACGAGCUGUCCAGCGAACUGGAGCGCCUUAAGGACCUACCGUUUGUGGUUUCUCAUCGUCUGUCCACCACGCUCAGCCUGGAUGUCUACGAGUCACACCGCGCUGCCCUCAUGGCAAAGAAGAAGGCAAACUCUCUCACCUUGUGCCCAGGCGCCAUGCAACCCUUCUACGUCACAGCCCUGCCUGACGACAAGAUCCCAAAGGGCACGAGUCCGGGAUGCUAUCUUUCAGGCUCUCUGGUUGUCCCCAAGAGCGAGUAUGGCAAGAAAGCAGGGCAGGCCUCUGCAAAACGACAAGGGAAGUUUAAAAAGGAUAUCGUGCCAGUUGUCUACCACUUAAUUCCGGCUCCCAACAAAUCAAAGAAUGGAGGAAAGGAGAAGGACAAGGAGGGGGACAAAGAGAAGGACGUGAAGGAGGAGUUUGCUGAAGCGAUGAGAGACUUAAAGAUUCAGUGGAUGACAAAGUUGGACUCUAGCACCAUCUAUGAAGAACUGAGGGAGAACUACCUGGAUUACCUCCCGCUGCAUGUGCAAAGACUGCACCAGCUGGACUCUGAAAAGGAGCGUGCAAAUCGUCUCAGAGAGGUUUCAUCAGCAGCCGACAUCGUCAUAUCCCACAUCGACCAGACGGCGCUGUCUGUUUACCUCACCAUGAAGACGGACCCUCGGCCCGAUGCGGCCUCGAUCAAGACCGACAUGGAGAAGCAGAAGUCGGCUCUGCUGGACGCUCUGUGUAGGAAGGGCUGCGCUCUGGCCGACCAGCUCCUGAUGGCCGACCAGCCACCGGUACCACAGGAUGGCAGCGCUGCUGUCUCCACGGGACCAGCAGCAGAGGAGGAGGAGGAAGUUGGGGAACAGGUGGCGAGCAGUUCUGACGACACUUUGCCCUGUGUGGUUAACGCUCUGACGGAUACGUUUUGGGAAGUGCAGAAGUGGGCGGAGCUAACUGACUCCAAGGUGUUGAUGUUUUCAUACAAACACGCUCUUGUGAACAAGAUGUACGGCCGAGCCUUAAAAUACGCCUCAAAGAUGGUGGAGGAGAAGCCCAGCAAAGACAACAUGAAGAACUGCAUCCAGCUCAUGCGACACCUCCAAUGGACACACUGUGCCACCUUCAGCGAGAACUGGCUCCCUGUCAUGUACCCCGCAGAAUACACGCCGUUCUAGGCACAGCAUGAGCAAGCAUGGCCAAACCUGGUUAACUGGAUAUCAUGUCCCUCAGGGUCACAUGAUCUAUGCAUCUGGGCUUUCAAAUUUAGAUGAAGGAUGACACCAAAAUGAAAGAUAAGGCAGUGUAAGUGUUUGGAGGCACUGAACACCUGAUCCUGUUUUGAAAUGUCUUGUUGCUCAUCACUUCUCUGCAGACCGUGUGACACCACGGUUCAUUUGAAAGCCACCAAGGAAUAGAAAACAAAUAAUUCAGUUAAAAUUUUUUUUUGAAGCUUCAAACUUUUGACAGCCUGUAGCUCAGUCCUUUGGUCGUUAGGUGUUGUCCUUUAUUUUGGUGUCACCUCCACAUUUGGAAGCUUCAACAUCCCCACGUAUCCUCCGCUGUCCGUCUCAUUCUCGUGUGUAAAUAUUGUAAAAGGGCCAGUGUGGACUCCAGGGAUGCAUCCCUAGUCAAAGAAACAAAACAAAAACAUGGGAAUCCAUCAACACAAACAAAUCAACAGCAGAAAAACUCCCAACUGACCGUUGUGAUACUUCAGUGAGCGGACAGGAGGACUUGCUGCUGCAAGGUGUUCGGACAUAGGGGGGCACGGAGAGCCUGGGCUCUGACUUAAAGGGAGACGGAACUUGAUAGAUAUUUGUUUCUUUGUUUUCUUUCUCCGAUUGUUCCAGUCGGGUUGAUAAAGUUAAUAUUUAGUCUGGUCUGUCUUUAGAAACUCUGAUUCAUGUACCCGGAACACAAACGGUAUUGUAGUGCCUUCCUACAUGUACCGUAUCUUUAAAAAAAAUUACUUUUACCCCCGAUGGGAUGAAAAACAGUGCGAAGCUCCAGAAUCAUUAGCGGUUGUCGGCAGUCGGCCUCUUGCAGUCGGUCUCUGGUGUAAAUGUGGCUUUACAGCUCCUGGCUGCUGCAUGAGGCCCGUGCACCGUUUGCAAUCUGACGGUAACGUGUCGGGUAACAGGAAGCCACAAAUGCACCGUCUGGGCUUUGGCUUCCCUCCAGAGGCGUCGGCCUCCUCCUGAGCGCCGCGUAUGACGAGCCUUCUUAACAGACCUCACUAGCGGAAGGAUGUCCACGUUUCAUUGUGAAAUGUUCUCCGAGUAUUAAUUAGUUUCUCUUGCAGCAUUCAAAUUCUUGCAUUUGUACACAGUGUCACAAAGGAAUGUACAUACACACUUAACAUAAACAUUAAGAUGCAAUAGAUAUAUAUAUAUAAUACAAUUAUUAUUCAAAUGUAUGUAUUUUGCGUAUAUGCAUGUCUUCUAGGAUGUAAGGAAAAACAAGUUUCAAUUUGAGAGGUUUUUAAAUCCCUAACAAGAUUAUGGGGAUACUCAGUGUGUGUGUGAGUUUAAGAGAUUUAUUGUGUUACUUGUGAUCAUAUUUUGUGUCCAUGAACAUUUCUCCCUACAGGACUGAAAAAAUAGCCGACUAGAAAAGAUGAUUUAGUUAAUUUUCUUCGGUUCUGACCAUAUUAACCUUCUUCACAUAAAAAGGACAAUGCCAGUGGUUUUGUAUGUUUUAAGUCACAGCUGACCAUUUUACAGACGUUUUAAAAUGUCUUUAAUGGCUUUUUCUUAUCAUAUUCGGAGACUUUAAGUAGCCAGAGUGAACAUCAAGUUUGCAAUAAAGGCCCAUAAAACGACGCUUCUCAAUCACCUUCUUACGAUGCGUGGUUGGGUUCGACAUGAACAUGCAACCAGUCAUUAUUUGCUCUUCGGCGGUUUCUGUUAGUGCCGUCUCACUGGGUUGAGGUAGUGCAGCCUUAUUUCGAUUUAGCAAUAUUUCAAUGUAAACAAGAUGAUGGGGUUGUGUGUUUGUUGCCGUUGUUGAUUAAUAUUUGCUUAAACCACACCACAUACUUUAUAUGAAGCAGGUUAGCUGAAUAGUUGAAAGUCUAUCUUAAGGAUAACAAGUUUGAUUUGCGAUUGUUCAGUUGUGAAAAAACAAAACUAAAUUAAUGCUAACUUGACGUUCACUUUGCUUAAUUCUACAAGUUGGAAGAGCACUCUGCAGAUUUAGCAUCGAAAUGCUUUCGCAAGACUAUUUAUCAGACUUGUUGCUGCGCCAGAGCCACAAAAGGCUUUUUACACCUUGUCUAAAUGGGAGAUGAUGUCUGUACAGAAUGUCAGGAAGAAUGCGCCGCAUGCAUUUGUUAACGUUCAGGUUAACAUGAUUUUUAGUUCAUCUAAAACUUGCCAAAAAAAUGGCAUGUUCCUUUUUUAAGCAUCUCACCUGAUUCAUGAAACACACGAGGACCAUGCUAAAGAUACAAACUACAUAUAAACAGUUUAUCUUUUACAGUUGGGAUUCUCAACCUUUUCCGCUUGUUCUGUAGAACAACACGUUUGAGCCGUAGUUUAAUCAGAGAAGGACAGGUUGGGUUAGAGAAGCAUGAAAGCUGAACAUUAUCAAACAAAUCUUCAUAAUAUUGAAUGGAAGAAGGGAAUAGAGCCCCGAGCUUGAGAACCACUGGUCCUCUACAUGUAACUGCACUAAAUGGUGUUCUAACUCCUCAAGUGGGAGGUGCAUGCUUAAGAAUGUCAAAGCCGAGGCCUUUCGUCCUCACAGGAGUAGACAAUCUUUUCUGGGGGUGACUGUCAACUGUACAUACACAGCAGAUCCGUGGCGACCGCGGGCCGAGGACACCUUGCGUUUCUAUUUUUGUUGUUUUUUGCCGCGGCCUCAGCGCAGGCUACUCCAGGUGUGCACGGCUGCACUGGAGCCAGUUGGGUUCGUCAGAGUUUGUGCUCAUCGUCCUUAAUUUCUGCAUCUUCUGUUCACUGCUGUGUCUUCGUCCUUUUCUUUCUCCUCUUUUCCUGCGUCGGGGUCGGUUCAGGCAGACGUCUACCGGAAGCGUUGCCAAUAACGGUCCCUCCGAACAUGGCCUUAACUUCCACCACACGACUACCGUCCAUUUCUGUCACCAAACAGAUUUCUCUAAAUCGGUUGCUUCUUCUGGAUGUUGAGUGUUUAUAUUUGUAGUCAUAAGAUCUAGUCAAUGCCAAUAUUUUACAGAAUGUUAUGAGAUACGGUUGUAUGCUCCUAGUAUUAUUUUAUACCCAUUCUUCCUCGAUGAUGUGGGAAAGACCCGACUUGUCACACUAUUUUGUGGUCGCUUGGAAUUACAUCACAAACAAGGAAAACACUGAAUAAAAGUUCUUUGAAAGAAUGAAUUUU